UCAAUCAAGCGACAAUGUUGUACAACCUUUUCUGGGGUGUUAUUUCACAGGAAAUAAGUAUGAAUGUAAAGAAAACAUGUGUCGUAAUAAUUUUGCUUUUUAUUAAUAUUUAAUACAUACAAGACGGUAAACGACCACUCGUAUUAAGAUCUUAUAAAUUACUGCAACUAUACUUUAAGAUAGCAGAUUUUAUAGCCUAGCAACAUCUACGGUUUAUUAUUUUGUUUUGCCAAACGAACAAACCGUCGAACGAUUAGCACGUGUCAUAUAAUAUAGUCAAUAAAAAUUAAUUACUGCAACGAGCUUAUCAUCCACGUAACAGCAAGACUUAUCUCGGUUUUCCAAUCACACGGUCAAUUAGAUGCCGAUAGCCUCAGCACUAACUAGUUUCUCAAUCAAUUAUAUUUUCAAACAGAAACCUAUAAUGAAUUUUUUAUAAUUAUUAGUUUGAGUAGGAAACCUAGCAUGUUACGGAGCAAAAUUUAAUAAUGACGUCUAAGGUAUCUUAUUUUGUUUUACUUGGAAUCAUAACGUUCUCUAGCAGCAAACCAGCGCCCAAAGAAGAUACAUUUUUUGUUAAGAAUGAACAUGAACUUCAAAGGUUGCUGGAGGCACUGGCUAACCAAGGUAAAUACGACAUAGAGUUAAGUCGGUAUGACGACAGCCCUGAUUCAUUAACUGAUGACAAAAGCCGCUUCCAACUCGAUGAGAAGCCUCGGAAACUAUACCGGAGCGACAAAGCAAGGAGCCGAUACUCCCGCGGAUCGCUCGAACAACUAGAUGGUGAUGUCGCAGCCAAUCUCGCUAACUUACUCAAUAACAACAUUCUGGACAAAAAGAGUGGCAACAAGCGGAUUAGCAGAAAUGACAACAAUCUACUUCAAAAGUUAUUUGGUCUAGCAGGCGAUAACAAUUAUUUAGGUAGAGGGGAUGAAGAUAACGAAUAUGAAAAUGAUGAAAUUUUAACAUUCCUAAAUAACCUACAAAAGCAAUUAGAAGAAAAUGGCGAUUACGAAGGAUUUUUCCGUACUAAAAAUAGGAACAACAGGAAUGACAAUGACAGGGACAAUAGAAAUGAUGACAGGUAUGACAGGGGUAAUGAAGCCAGGUACCUAGACGACGGGGAUGACCGAUACGAUGAUAGGGACGACAGAAACAAUCGAGACAGGAACCAGGACUACAGAGAUGACAGGGUUGCCGAUAAGUAUGGAAGGGGGGGAAACCGAGCAAAAAACGUAGAUGACAGGGAUGAUCGAUAUGACAAUAAGGAUUAUCGAGGAAAGAACAGGGAUGACAGGGAUGAUAGGGAUGACGAUAGAGGUAACCGUGCAAGGAACUAUGAUGAUCGGGAUGAUAGAAAUAACAGAGAUGAUAGAGAUGACAGGGAUAAUAGAAAUGAUGGCGACAGAAAUAAUAGAAACGAUGAUGCUAGAAAUAAUAUAAACGAUGAUGACAGAAAAAAUAGAAACUACGAUGACAGAAAUAACAGAGAUGUACUAAGGAAUAGAAAUGAUGACAGGAACGACAGAAAUGACGAUGAUAGGAAAAACAGAAAUGAUGACGACAGAAACGACAGAAAUGAUGAUGACCGAAACGACAGAAAUGAUGAUGACAGGAAAAACAGAAAUGAUGAUGACAGAAACGACAGAAAUGAUGAUGACAGGAAAAACAGAAAUGAUGAUGACAGAAACGAUGACGACAGAAACGACGAUGACAGGAAGAACAGGAACGAUGAUGAUAGGAAGAAUAGAGAUAUACUGAGAAUCAGAAGUGAUGAUUACAAAAACUACAGAGACGCACUGAGGAACAGAAACGACUUGGAUAGAAACGACAGAGAUAGAGAUACUCUUCGCUGCCGAGGAAACAAAUGUUACAAAAGAAGUAGACACGAUUACAAUGAUGGCGAGUUAAGAUUCGACUCCAACAACUAUGUUAAGAAAUACAAAUUAAACGAAGAUACGGACGCGGUUGUUCUUGGGCUAACCGAUGUAGACCGUUUACUGACAAAACUAAACGCCCCGAAACCACAGCGUUCUAACAAACUAAGAGCACAAAAAUUACUCGAGAACAUUGAUCUGGAUAAACUUCUCGACAGAGCUAAUAAGGAUAAGCGGUCAAACGUGGAAGCUGUCGUCUUCGACCUCACGAAACUAGAAGACGGGGACGUGCUGGCUAAACAAAUCCAAAGGUUACUUUCUAAGAAUGAUCAAGGAUUGGAUGCGGAAUAUGAAGACUACGGAAAUUUCGUCGAGGACAACCUAAAACUCGGAUCAUUUAACCUGAAAAAGAAAGCGUACAAACCAAGAUCUGACUCAAAAAUAGUUGCGCAUUCCGAAGACAACAACAAUGUUUACGUUCCAAAAUGGUUGCUCAGUGAAGUUUUAUCGAAAUCCAAGUUGAGAGACGCAAGUCCAAUACAGUUGCUGAAAUCCGUGCUACCUUUGACGAAACAAAAAAAGUCCAGAGUAAUGAGAAUUUUUGAUAAAAAAGAUUUGUCAACUUUACCCCCUAAGAAAAUAUUUCGACGCAACUUUGAGCACGACGUUGGAGUUCCUUUCCACUUAGAAGUAGAGGGGUUAGGCCAAGUUAAACCUUAAUGGAUUAAAUUGA